AUGGGCAUACCACAUUUGACGCACUCGCUAUCACCCUAUGGCGAUAAAGUUGUUCUACCGCAAAAUCCAGCAAACCACGAAAAUGCAAUCAUCGAUGGACCCAGUCUAGCAUACCAUGUCUUCUAUGUGUGUAUAGCUCGUAGAACAAGCGCAAGAAAUGCUUUCGAAGCCACUCCGACGUACCAAGAGUUGGGCCAGGCUGCUGUAAACUGGCUCGAGCAAAUCGAGCAGUACGGAUUAAAAAUUAAAUCAGUCUUCUUCGACGGCUUGUUGCCGUUGUCCAAACAAAGCACUAGAUUGUCGAGAUUGCAGAGCUAUGCGAAUCAGCUUGUCACUUUCAAGGCGCUGAACAAGGAAGACUUGCCUUCUCGCAUGGAUAUUGUGCAGUCAUCGAAAUUUGAUGUCUUGACUGCAGUCGUUUCUUCAAAUCGACUCAAAGCUCUUCCUGCCCCACCGUUCUUGGUUCCUGCAGUCAUCGAAAUGCUUCUUGAAAGCCGUUUCAGCUCUCUUGUCUCGGUCAUUCCUGGUGAGGCGGAUGCUUACUGCGCAGAUGCCGCCAGAAAAUACGGUGGUGUCAUUUUCACCAGUGACUCAGAUCUUUUGGUCCAUGAUCUAGGAGAAUCUGGAAAAGUGAUACUUUUUCGAGAUCUCGAGACUAUUCACUUACCGAGUCGGGGAAAGUGUCUUAAGACUCAGGAGUACCACCCAGCUGCUAUCGCCAAGCGGUUCGAACUCCCAAAUCUGGUCAAAUUGGCAUUCUUCAUGGCCCAGGAUCAUCACAAGAGUCUUACCGAGAACACCAGACUUGCAGCAAAGAAUACGCCAAUGUCUGCUGGAUUUGCAGAGUUUGCAGAAGAAUACGGAUCUCUUCCUAAGUUAUCCAAACUGGCGAUGACAAGGAGCAUGAACGAAACAAAGACAGUAGAAGCGCUUAGUCGACUCGAUCCAAGGAUCUCUGAGAUUGUCCAUUUGGUUCGUGUAAAGGAAGUCCAAGAAGCGCCUUCAGAUCUGCAGGACUCUGAAAAUCUCAACAUGUACCUCCCAUUCAUCAUCGAUGAUCCGACGAGAACAUCUGCAUGGCGAUCUGACGUUUCUAUCCGUGCUCAGGCGUACUCGCUGUUACAUGUACUAAACUCGAGCGUUACACAAGUCACCGAAUUUGAGCGAAAGGGCACUCGUGUGGCAGGGACAGUAGUUGAACUGGACACCACAACCGACCCAAGUACGAUGCUAGAGGACUGCUUGAAAGCUCUGCAGCAAGAUCUGGCACAGCAUUCAUCGCUAUCCAGGGCGGCCAGAUGGCGUGCUGUGGCAAUGAAACUCGUCUGUCAAUCAAACCUCGACAACGACAAACCUCCACCACUAAGCAGCGAUAUCAGCAGACUUGUCACAGGGUCACGCGAGGGCGUUCUAUCUUGGUCAUUCAUUCAUGCCAGCGGUCAAAUGCAGGCAUCUCUCUACUCGCUGAGAAUGCUAUCCCAAAUCUCCACUAUCGUACACAAUCUCCUCGAAGGCACGAGUCAAGAAAUUCUCUCGCCGUUACAAAAGCUCAUCACUUUGCUUCACGAUCUGCCUAGCCUGCGGGAACUUCUCGACGAGAAGACGUCGAAGGUUGAUGGCGAGGCUGAAGCUGCUAGAGCGGCUGUGUUGAGCACAUUGCAAAGCUUGGGUAUCACUCAAGAUACAGCAGAAACGUCGACGAAGAAGAAAAAGAAAAGAAAGAAGAAGGGGGAACAUACCGGUGAUCGUACGCCUCCUGGCGUGGCAUGGAGAUCCAAAAACAUGUUCAGCAAUCUCGCACAAAAAGACUGA